GGGCCAACUUGAUCUGGAAAUAUGGGACCAAGCAAACCAUCGAGUACGGGGCUUUCGCGUGACAAGAGCAACAGAAUAGAGACUGAAGGGACUAGAGUCGACUCAAGAUCGAAACGCCAAGUACAUCAUAAGGUUUAACGUGAGGAUAGGAGAGUAAGCGCGCCAAAGGAUGGCGCCGCGAGACGGUAAUGUGGCGCGCGGGUAGAUAGGAAAGGCGACGUUGGAUAGGAAAGGCGAUACGGAAAGUUGGCGCGAGGGCGAAAAAGAAAUGCCAGGCGGAAGAAAAGCGCGAGGGCGAAUAGGAAAUGCGCUGCGAAAAGAAAGAAGCGAGGGCGGAGAGGAGAGGAGAGGCGGAAAGGUGACGCCAGGGCGGACAGGAAUGUAUUAGGGAAAUUUGAAGCGAGGGCGGAUAGGAAAUGGGAGGUGGGAAGGAGGUGCGCCGCGGAGAGGAGGGCGUGGAGAGUGACGCUGACAGACCGCGUGAAGGAGAUGCGAGGGGGGAAGGGGACGCGACGGGGAGAGGGGGGACGCGACGAGGAGAGGGGACGCGGUGAGGAGGGGGGACGCGACGAGGAGAGGGGACGCGGUGCGGAGGGGGGAAGCGACGAGGAGAGGGGACGCGGUGAGGAGGGCGGACGCGACGAGGAGAGGGGACGCGGUGCGGAGGGGGGAAGCGACGAGGAGAGGGGACGCGGUGAGGAGGGUGGACGCGACGAGGAGAGGGGAUGCGGUGCGGAGGGGGGAAGCGACGAGGAGAGGGGAUGCGGUGAGGAGGGCGGACGCGACGAGGAGAGGGGACGCGGUGCGGAGGGGGGAAGCGACGAGGAGAGGGGACGCGGUGAGGAGGGCGGACGCGACGAGGAGAGGGGACGCGGUGCGGAGGGGGGAAGCGAUGAGGAGAGGGGACGCGGUGAGGAGGGCGGACGCGACGAGGAGAGGGGACGCCGUGAGGAGGGGGGACGCGACGAGGAGAGGGGACGCCGUGAGGAGGGGGGAUGCGACGAGGAGAGGGGACGCGAUAGCAGCAGCAGCAGCGGCAGCUCCCUGGUGCUGCCUGCGCCGCACUCGGGCCCCUUUAUGGAGGGCCCGGAGUGCGAGACGCCCACUUUCAGGGGCAGGGGGGUGCCACCAAACGAUAGAGGGGUAGGGGCAGCGGCUCCUGCUGCUAGUGCUGCUGCUAGCACUGCUGCUGGGGCUGCCACCUCCUCCUACACUUUCUCCACUCUGUUGCUGUUAAAGAUACAAUAUAUCUUCACCUGUUUAUGUUAAUUAUCAAUAAUUUCAGAAACCACCA